AUGAACAAGCUACUGCUUUGGGUCUCUGUCCUCGCCAGCCUUCCAGAAGGCUUUGCUCAGAAAGACCUCAGUAGGAAGGUGUUUGUGUUCCCUAGAGAAUCUUCUACUGACCACGUGAACCUGGUCACAAAACUGGAGAAGCCUCUGCAGAACUUUACCUUGUGUUUUCGAGCCUAUAGUGAUCUCUCCUGUGGCUACAGCCUCUUCUCCUAUAACACCCAGGGCAAGGAUAAUGAGCUGCUAAUUUUUAAAGACAGAAUUGGAGAGUACAGUUUAUACAUUGGAAGAACCAAAGCUACUGCCAGAGUUAUUGAGGAGUUCCCCACUCCAGUGCACAUCUGUACCAGUUGGGAGUCUUCCACAGGCAUUGUCGAAUUCUGGGUCAAUGGGAAGCCGUUGGUGAAAAAGGGCCUGAGACAGGGUUAUUCUGUGGGAGCUAACCCCAAGAUUGUCCUGGGCCAGGAGCAGGAUUCCUAUGGAGGAGGCUUUGAUAAAACCCAGUCCUUUAUGGGAGAGAUUGGGGAUUUGUACAUGUGGGACUCUCUUCUGUCUCCCGAAGAGAUCUAG